AUGCCAAAUCGGUUAGGACUUGGUCUUCGUCCACCUAUGCCUUCAUAUGGCCAGGGUCCCUCAAUCUCGGCUCUUGCACAGCAGCAGCACAUGCUUCAUCAUCAACAAUUUAUACCGCCUCAGCCGAGAUCCACUACAUUGUUCAUUGGGUCGAUAUCGGGUGGAAUCACCGAUGCGUUCUUGAACCAAUUGUUGAUGGCAUGUGGCCCGAUUUCGUCGUUCAAGCGUCUGAUCACACCGGCGAAUAAGCCUCAAGGAUUCGGAUUCGCGGAAUUCCAGGAUCCUGAUGGUGCGUUGCGAGCUAUGGCGUUGCUCAAUGGUGUAGAGUUACCUGCAUUGGAAGACGGAUGCAUGAACAAGAAGCUGCUGGUGAAGGCCGAUGAGAAGACGAGAAUGUUUCUGGAUGCCUACCAGGCGCAAAAGAUGACUACAAAUGCGGAUGAAGAGAGGUUGUGCCACGCGAAGGCAAAAGUUGAUGAGCUCCUUGCUGACAUCAACAAACAGUCGCAGGAGGCAGCUAGCCAGGGUCUUAUUGACAAGGAAAAGUACAUUAUACCUCCUCACUUGCAUGAUCUGCAAGAGGCCGAUCUCCCUGAAACGCAGCGCGGUCUCGUCAUGACCGAGAUUGCACAGUUCCGUGAGCGAGCAGCGAAAAGGGAACGCGAGAAGAUGCGCGACGUGCGCGAGGCCGUGCCAAAUGUGCUGGGCGCUCCGAGUGGCCCAAAGCAGCGAGAGUGGGGGAAGCCACAGCUGACAGGGCAAGAAUCUCCUUCACCUUUGGGCGCUUCCAAAGCUACACAAGGAUACGGCAAGGGCGCUCAGGGGUAUAACAAGCCUGUGGGAUUUGUGAAGGCUGAGUCGGAGAUGGGGUCCCCGGGUCCAGAGAGUAGGGGUUCCAGCAGGAUUGGGAAGACGGAUGAGGAGCUUGAGACAGAGCGCAGAGAGGCACGGCGGAAGGACGAAGAGAAUUCUUUCAGAGAUCGUGAACGGCGAUACGAGCCCCGAGAACGUGCUCGUAUCCAGGCCUUGGAACGUGCAAUCCUCCGAGAUCGAGCCACCAAAGAGGCAGAGGAGCGUGAUCGCGUGGAGAUGCGAUCGCGCCUGGCAAUUUGGGAUGACGACGAGAGUGAUGAACUGUUCUACACGGAUAGGCCUCGGUGGCGUAGCCUGCGUGCACGAAGGCUAACUGCAGAGCAGGAGGCUGAUGACGAGUCGCGUGUCUAUGAAGAGAAGGAGGCAGAGAACCUGCGUCGCGAGUCCGAGGCAUUCCUCGCUCGCCAGAUGGACGAGAUGCAGGCACUUCAGGAAGAGCAGCGGAAGGCCGGCAUGUUACUUGAUGAUGGAGCUCCUGUUAAGCUCAACGUUUCACUUACUGUCGCCACCGUGCCCAAGAUAGAGGCUCCUACAGAGAAGAAGGCUAUUGAAUUUGGGCAGGAGGAAGAGGAGGAAGAGGGUAUACGCAAGAGGAAGGUGUCUUUCCCAAAACUCGACUUGGCUGAAGGCGGUGAGAAGGCCAAAGAGCGGCUAAAAAUGAUCAGAGAGUCUGUGCCGCGCGAUAAGGAGACGCUAUUCAAGUCAAAGGUCCGUUGGGAUGGUUUGACUGACACUAUGAUUGAUCGCAAACUGGAACCGCUCGUAAAGCGACAGAUGACCAAGUAUCUGGGCGAGCUCGAAGAUGAUGAUGUGGUGAUGUUCGUCCUUGAGCACUUGAAAGACCACAAAGGCCCACAGAAGCUCGUGGAGGGGCUUGAGCCGGUUCUGGAGGAAGAAGCGGUUGAGUUCACCGUUAGCAUUUGGAGACAAAUCAUCUUCGAGAGCAUGGCGUACGGCGAAGGCCUCCACACGGAGCGAAUGCUAGUCGACUAA